UCAAAGCAGGGCGCCAGUACAUCCCCUCUUCUUCUUCUUUACUCUCCACUCUCCCAACCUAACCCUAGGAAAACAAAAGCUAAAAAAAUGAAAGGGGGCACGGUUCAGAUAAAUUGGCACGACACCAAACCCGUUCUGACCCUAGAUUUCCACCCCAUCUCCGGUCUUCUGGCCACCGGCGGCGCUGAUUUUGACAUCAAGCUAUGGUUUAUUAAUUCAGACGAAGUGCAGAAGAAAAUCCCAACUGCUUCAUAUCAAAAUAGUCUCUCUUACCAUGGCUCCGCAGUUAAUGCCCUUCGCUUCUCACCAUCUGGAGAACAACUUGCCUCUGGUGCUGAUGGAGGUGAGCUGAUCAUAUGGAAAUUGCACACUACAGAAACUGGUCAAAGUUGGAAAGUUUUCAAGAGUUUGUCAUUUCACCGUAAAGAUGUUCUGGACUUGCAAUGGUCAAGCGAUGGUGCAUUUCUCAUCUCUGGAUCAGUUGACAAUUCUUGCAUCAUAUGGGAUGUUAACAAAGGUUCCGUCCAUCAGAUAUUGGAUGGCCAUUUCCAUUAUGUUCAAGGUGUUGCCUGGGAUCCCUUGUCCAAGUAUGUUGCUUCUCUCAGUUCAGAUAGGACUUGCCGAAUUUAUGUCAAUAAGCCUCAAGCCAAAGCAAAGGGUGUUGAGAAGUUGAAUUAUAUUUGUCAGCAUACGAUUGUCAAGGCAGAACAGCAACCAAUAGAUGAUGCUAAGUCUGUAAAAUACCAUCUCUUUCAUGACGAAACACUGCCGUCAUUCUUCCGUCGAUUAGCCUGGUCACCUGAUGGUUCGUUUUUACUAGUGCCAGCAGGUUUUUACAAAAUUCCAGCUUCAUCUGAAACAGUAAACACUACUUAUGUCUUUUCCAGAAAGGACCUGUCAAGACCUUCUUUGCAGCUCCCUGGUGCUAGCAAACCAGUUGUCGCAGUUCGUUUCUGCCCUGUAGCUUUCAACCUUCGGGGGUCAAACCCAGCCGGCUUUUUCAAGCUUCCUUAUCGCCUCAUUUUUGCAGUUGCAACUUUGAAUUCAUUGUACAUUUACGAUACAGAGAGUGUUCCUCCAAUUGCAAUUUUGGCUGGUCUUCACUAUGCAGCCAUAACUGACAUUUCAUGGUCAUUUGAUGCUCGUUAUUUAGCAUUGUCAUCUCAAGAUGGUUAUUGUACUUUGGUAGAAUUUGAGAAGGACGAAUUGGGACAACCCAGUUCUUCAUUAGAACCUAUGAAUGUCGACAAACAGAGCCCCGUCGUCCAGAAACCUGAUGACAUGGUGAUUGAAACUGCUAAAGAUGAUGAUUCAAUUACAGCAGAAAACAGAAAGGCAGAAUGUACUGAAAGGAGAGAAGGGAAACAGGCAACACCGAGCACGGUGAAUGCUCCCAUCUCAAAUAAGCCAGCCAAGAGGCGUAUUACUCCAAUGGCAAUCGAUCCAUGAUACUGUCGUGCUAUCUUCUGUAAAAUUUUUGUAGUUGAUAAUACGCCAAGGUUUCUAUCUGCAUGGGGCUGAAUUAGUUAUCAGCCAUUUGAUGUAUCGUGUAUGGUAUACAGAAAAUUAAUGCAAUCUAUGUAUGCUCGUGACGAAUUGCAGUACAUCGUUAACCUUUUCCCCUGUAAGCAAUCCAAGUGAGAUAACAAGCAGAUUGUACAGCAGCCUUCAA